GGUCUUUCUUUUCUCCUGCAUGGAUUCCCUUCCUGCCCUGAGAGCCAGGGCACAGCCAGAGGCAAGGGGAUGCCUCCUGCGCCCUCCUCCUGGUCUGACUUUCAGCACUCUCCAAGGAGAUUGGAAUCACAGGAGAACAGCAAGAGAACCCAUCAGCCUUGAAUGGGCACUCAUUAAUGCUUAAGAUUCAUGAGUCUUGGUGCUACUGGAAGCAAAAGCCAAUUUCUUCCAAGUCCCAUUCCAAAAAGAGAGAUAAGUAUGUUUCACCACCACCCAAAGGUAUCAUCCCGCACAGUGAAAAAGGAGAAUCCCGCAAGCCAGCAAGCCGGAGGAGAUCUCAACAAGCAUCUCUUCACACUGACACUGAACGAACAGGUGACCAACAUACUGCCAGCAGAGAAUGGGAGCCAGGCCAGCGAAAAGGGGAACCUGUACAACCUGUAUGAGGAGAAGGUGCGCCCCUGCAUCGACCUCAUCGACUCCCUGCGGACCCUGGGCGUGGAGCAGGACCUGGCGCUGCCCGCCAUCGCAGUCAUCGGAGACCAGAGCUCCGGCAAGAGCUCCGUGCUGGAGGCGCUGUCGGGUGUCGCCCUGCCCAGGGGCAGCGGUAUUGUCACCAGGUGUCCGUUGGUGCUGAAACUGAGAAGGCAGCCAUGCGAGGCUAAGUGGAGAGGGAAAAUCAGCUUUGAAAGCACAGAGCACCAGCUGCAUGACCCCGCCAUGGUGGAGCAGGUUAUACACAAAGCCCAGAAUUUGAUCGCGGGACAAGGCGUGGGCAUUAGUCACAAGCUUAUCACGCUGGAAAUCACCUCUCCGGAUGUCCCGGACCUGACCCUCAUUGAUCUCCCAGGCAUCACCAGGGUGGCUGUGGGGAACCAGCCCCAGGACAUUGAAAUGCAGGUCAAGGCACUCAUCAAAAAGUACAUCCAGAGACAGCAGACGAUCAACUUGGUGGUGGUGCCCUGUAAUGUGGACAUCGCCACCACGGAGGCCCUCAAGAUGGCUAAGGAAGUGGACCCCGAGGGAGACAGAACCAUAGGGAUCCUCACCAAACCAGAUCUGGUGGACAAGGGUGCUGAGAAAUGUAUCCUGGAUGUGGUGCGAAACCAUACGUACUACCUCAAGAAAGGCUACAUGAUUGUCAAGUGUCGGGGCCAGCAGGAGAUCACCAACAGGCUGAGCUUGGCAGAGGCGACCAAGAGAGAGAUGAACUUCUUUCAAGGGCAUCCAAAUUUCAGAGUUCUGCUGGAUGAAGGAAAGGCCACGGUGCCCCAUCUGGCUGAAAAACUGACCAGUGAACUCAUCGCACACAUCAAUAAAUCUCUCCCACUAUUAGAGAAGCAAAUCAAGGAUCUCCACCAGGGGGCGACAGAAGAGCUGCGGCAGUAUGGCACGGACAUCCCGAGCAUGGAAACGGAUAAGAUGUUCUUUCUGAUUGAGAAAAUUAAGGAAUUCAAUCAAAGCAUUGAUAAGCUACUGGAAGGAGAAGAAGUUGUCAAAGACAAUGAGUCGCGGUUAUACAACAAAAUCAGAAAGGAGUUUAGAAACUGGGAACUCGUCCUUUCAGCCAACACGCAAAAAGUUAGAAACAUAAUUCAUGAAGAAGUCUCAAAAUAUGACAAGCAGUACCGGGGCAAAGAGCUUCUGGGAUUUGUCAACUAUAAGACGUUUGAGACCAUUGUGCAGCAGUACAUUCAACAGCUGGUAGAACCAGCCCUGGACACACUCCAGAAUGUCAUUGAGAUCGUCUGCCAGGCUUUCACUGAUUUGGCCAAAAGCAAUUUUCGUGAAUUUCCAAACCUGCAUCAAACAGCCCAGAAGCUGAUCGAAACGGUCAAGGUACAGCAAGCGCAGUCAGCGGAAAACGUGAUCCAGCUUCAGUUCCGGAUGGAGCAGCUGGUGUUUUGUCAAGAUCGGAUUUACAGCAAGGUUCUGAAGAAAGCCCGUGUAGAGAUGUUCCAGCUCCUGGACGGCCAGCCGCAGCAACUGCAUCUGAGAAAGCCCGAUCCUGUUGACAUCUGUGCAAAGGAGUCUCCACCGUCUUCAAAUUCCUCCAUCACGGAAAUUGGUGUGCACCUGAACGCCUAUUUCAUGGAAACGAGCGCACGCCUUGGCAACCAGAUUCCAAUUAUAAUUCAGUUUUUUCUCCUCCAAGAGAAUGGAAAUUGCCUGCAAAAAUCCAUGAUGCAGAUAUUACAGGAAAAAGAGCACUACUCCUGGAUUCUGGAAGAGCAGAGAGAGACGUCUGACAAGAGGAGGUUCCUCAAGGAAAGGAUCUUCCGGCUCACACAGGCUAGGCGCACACUCAGCCAGUUCUCCAUUUAGAGGAGACAACACACUGGAGGGCACUGGGGUUCUCGGGUGCUUUCCUGCUCGCAUCCAUUGUAAAGAGAGGUGGUGCCAGAAGCUCCUUUCCGCCUAGGGCUAGACUUUGCUGUUGCUGCCUGCAUCCAUCUUCUCUGUACUAUGGUCACUCUAGAGCUUGUCCGUGAGGUCAUCCCAGCAAGUGAGUACAUGCAUUUGGCUGUCUCCAGGAAGUCUUCCCUGACUACCCAGAAAAGGUGGGCAACUCUGACCUUCAGCCUCCAAAACCCAUCAUUAUAGUAUUUUCCAAAA